CUCGCCAUCUUCGGUUGGCUCCCCGGCGCUGCCUUUCUCCCACUCCCACCCCAGUCCCGCUCCGCCACCAUGAACGUCUUCCGCCUCACCGGGGACCUGUCCCACUUGGCGGCCAUCAUCAUCCUGCUCCUCAAGAUCUGGAAGACCCGCUCCUGCGCCGGUAUAUCUGGGAAAAGCCAGCUUCUCUUUGCACUGGUCUUCACUACUCGUUACCUGGAUCUCUUCACUUCAUUCAUUUCAUUUUAUAACACUUCUAUGAAGCUCAUCUACAUUGCUUGUUCGUAUGCCACAGUCUACCUGAUCUACAUGAAAUUUAAGGCUACCUACGAUGGAAACCAUGAUACUUUCAGAGUGGAGUUUCUUGUGGUUCCAGUUGGUGGGCUGUCAUUCCUCGUCAACCACCAGAGUUGGGUAGAAGAAAAAGAGUAG